CUGAAAAGCUCGUCCACAAUGAGCUUGCAAGAGAGAAAUUAUUGACGCAUCCGUGUCUUUCUAAAUACAUACAGCGGUAAAACUACGUUCGCCCCUUUCGGUUUAUCGGCCCCUUUCCUUGGCGGCAGACGUAGUUAUGUCUUUCAGGGCCAGAAAGCGCGUACCAGACUCUGAGAGUGAUUUCGUCGACGGCUAUCGGUCAUCAAAAAGGACAAGGGGAGAUGUCUCGAAGGAAAACACAGACUCUCGUCAUUCUGAUUCAGUUGCUGGCCAGGGGAAGCUUGACUCGAAUGGAGACCUUUAUUGGGAAAUCUCCAAAGCACGCCGUGUGACCAUCUCAUCUUUCCGUGGAAAGACCUUGGUCAAUAUAAGGGAAUAUUACGAGAAGGAUGGCCACGAGCUCCCUGGGAAGAAGGGGAUCUCUUUGCCAAUUGAUCAGUUUUCCUCUCUUGUGAGCUUACUACCUCAUAUUGAAACCACUCUUCAGGAUAAAGGAGAAUCAAUCCCCCGGCCACAGUAUGAUAGUGAUAGUAAAAUCAACAGUGAGAAUAAAGAGGCCGGUGAUGACUCCGUUGAUGUUUCGGAUGAGGAUACGCGCCGGAAUAUCGAAGCGACAAGUGAGGACGAUAGCGAGUAGGCUUGCCCACUAAAGGGGCUAGAACUACCUUGAGGCAGACGGUCUGGUUUAUUCAACAACGCCAUCGCUGCUUAUCUAUCCCUGGGUUCCACUGGCGCUGCAUUAUAAUGGGAAUGAAUGGAUCGGUUGGAUUUAUUAUGAGCAGGUAUGCAAGGCGUCGAAUAUGCCAUGAAACUCGCUCCAAACCACGAGAGUACGUAUACAAGGUUUUUAAAUCGCUUCCCAAAUGUCCUGUAGCUUUCAAGUAUAUCCAGCUAGUCCCUCUGAUUUCCAGUUGAAAUUCUACCAGAAGUCUAGUACAAAAUGUCAUUUAACACCUUAUCGC